GGUGCAAACCAUGUGGAUCCUGUCGCAAGCACCAGUCAAUCGAGGGCUGUAUGGGCUAUGUACCUUGCUUAUCAGACUGGUUUGGCGUUGAAUCGCACUAGAUGAGAGCAUCAUGCCGAGCUCCUGGAGGAUAAAUAGAGUGCCAUGCCCACCAUGGAUCCAUGAACUACCAGAAGCUUGUCUGUUUCUGUUCUGUCAUUCUUUUUAUUUUGUCACUGUGCCAACUGUGCCACUCCCUCAUUUGCCUUUUAUACGGCUUCAUUCUUUGACGUUUCUUUUGUAACAUGAAAGUCCUUUCAUUUAUUGUGGCCGCGGCCCUUGUCGCCGUCACAGGUGCCUCAUCGAAUUCUUCCACUCUGGGUUUGCUGAAAUAUGAUGGUGUGGCCCUGGGAGACUGGGAACCCGCCUACCAGAAGGCCUCUGCUUUCGUUGCAGGCCUGACCACUGCCCAGAAGCUGGCCUUGAUCACGGGCAGCAGUGUUGAUUCUACCAAUGGCAGUUUUACUGCCCUCAACAUCCUCGAUGGAGACAUGGGUCUCCAGAACUACUUCUACGUCUCCGCAUUCAGCUUGUCUUCGGCUCUCGCUAUGACCUGGGACCGCGAUGCUAUCUACGACCAGGCCAAGGCGGUUGGCUCCGAGUUCUACAACAAGGGCAUGCAGGUGGUAGCUGGUCCUACCUCUCAACCCAUGGGACGCACGCCGUGGGGUGGCCGGAACGUCGAGGGCUUUGGUCCCGAUCCUUAUCUCAAUGGCCAAGCUACUGGUCUGACAACAAAGGGCUAUGUGGCUGCUGGUGUUAUUCCUGGUGCCAAGCACUUUAUUCUCUAUGAGCAGGAAACCAACCGAACGAGCAUGGGCGGCGGUCGCGGCUCUUUUCCCGGCUCAAUGGGUCGCCGGGCUGUCAGUUCGGACACCGGCUCUGCGCCAUACUCAUCCAAUGCGGAUGACAAAACCCUUCAUGAGACCUACCUGUGGCCCUUCUAUGAUGCUGCCAAGAACGGCAUGGGCGCCGUGAUGUGCGCCAUGACCAAGGUCAAUGAUACUCGGAGUUGCGAGAACUCUGACCUGUUGUUGAAGCAUCUGAAGACCGAGCUUGGCUUCCCGGGCUUUGUCUGGCCUGACACGAUGGCUCAGAACAGUGCUCUAGAGUCUGCUAUCAACGGAGAGGACUACGGAUCCAGUCGCAUUUGGAGCACCUCCACCAUGGAAACCAUGCUGUCUAAUGGAUCCCUGACUGAGACCCGUCUGAACGAUAUGGUCACCCGCAACCUGAUGGGCUACUACUAUGUUGGUCUGGACAACGGCCUUCAACCCGAAUCCGAAGCCGAAGAUGCGUAUGUGAAUGUGAGAGGCAACCACUCGAAGAUUAUCCGCCAGAAUGGGGCCAAAUCUAUGGCUCUCUUGAAGAACAACAAUGCUUUGCCCUUGAACAAGCCCCGUGUUAUGAGUGUCUUUGGUGCACAUGCUGGCCCCGUCAUGGGAGGACCCAACCAAGGCAUGAACAUCGAUGGUGCCGGACCGACGUAUCAAGGUCACCUGGCAUCUGGCACGGGCUCCGCACAGGCUUCCUACCCCUACCUGGUGACGCCCUAUGUUUCUCUAACGAAUAAAGCUGUUGAGGAUGGCACGAUGAUGCGUUGGAUUAUGAACGACACUUAUACAGGCGCUUCAAGCUCUAAGCUGAUUCCAGAGUCAACCGACAGUACCGCUGUGACCCCCUCUUAUGCCAACUAUGCCACAAACGCCGACGUCUGUCUCGUCUUCCUGAAUGCUCUUUCCGGAGAGGGUGCUGAUCGUACUGAGCUGUAUAACGACGACCAGGAUACAAUGGUCAACACCGUCGCCGAUAACUGCAACAACACUGUGGUCGUGAUCAACACCGUUGGUCCCCGGUUGGUGGAUCAGUGGAUCGAGCACGACAAUGUUACCGCCGUGCUUUACGGAUCCCUCUUGGGUCAGGAGUCUGGUAACUCCAUCAUCGAUGUUCUCUAUGGAGACGUGAACCCCUCCGGUCGCCUCAUCCACACCAUCGCAAAGAACGAGACCGACUACAACGUGGGCAUCUGCUAUACCGCCCAAUGCAACUUCACCGAGGGUGUCUACCUUGACUACCGCUACUUCGACGCACAUAACGUCACUCCCAGAUACCCCUUCGGUCACGGCCUCUCCUACACCACCUUCUCCUACUCCGGCCUGACCAUCAAGAAGCCCUCCACCCUCUCCAAGGCCCCCGCUGGUAACCGCACCGUCGGCGGCUACGCCGACCUAUGGGACAACGUGGGCAGCGUCUCCGUCGAAGUCUCCAACACCGGCUCGCUGGACGGCGCGGAGGUUCCCCAGCUGUACCUCGGCUUCCCUGCCUCCGCUAACCAGCCUGUUCGCCAGCUCCGUGGUUUCGAGCGCAUCGAAAUCGCCGCCGGAAAGCAGGAGAAGGCCACCUUCGAGCUGCGCCGUCGCGACCUCUCUUACUGGGAUGUUACGGCCCAGCAGUGGCUGGUUGCCGAGGGUACCUACGAGGUGUAUGUUGGAGCGAGCUCCCGGGAUCUCAGGCUCAACGGCACAUUCACUGUGGAGACCUCCUAAACAGAGGUCAGUCGGGAUGCCCUUAGACCUUUCCAUGCCUCAUUUCUGAGUCUGAACAGUAGCCUUUGCUCACGUCACUGAGCUUGUACAAAAUCGCUUAAUACUAGUUUAGAUGUUAGAUAACAA